AUGGGCGCAGGCUAUAAACAAGACAAAUAUUGGCAGGAUAUUCCUGUUUCACAGGCUUAUUUACCAAGUAAUGUGGCCAAAGCAAAUCCGUAUCAAAUUUUGGGACCAACAAGUAGUCGACUGGCAAGUGCAGGUAGUGGACAAAUUCAACUUUGGCAGUUUCUUUUGGAACUGUUAUCAGAUAGCCGUUAUGCGGAAUCGAUCACUUGGGAGGGUACAAAUGGUGAAUUCAAACUGGUUGAUCCAGACGACGUAGCUCGCCGCUGGGGUGAACGAAAAAGUAAACCGAAUAUGAAUUAUGAUAAAAUGAGCCGGGCGUUGCGAUACUAUUACGACAAAAAUAUCAUGUGUAAAGUACAUGGAAAACGAUAUGCUUACAAAUUCGAUUUUCAAGGAAUAGCACAAGCUCUACAACCACAAACAAACACAACUUCAUCGGAUCUGUUCCAACAAUCACGGUUACAUUCUUCAGAGUUCAUCCAUGCGCCAUGGGCUACUGCAAAUUACCGCACACUUAUGACACCUCAAUUUCAGGCAUCUGCAGCAGCCGGAGCUUUGUUCAACCCACCGGUCGGUUAUGCUAGUUUUGGUAGUUCCGGUAAUGGUGCCCUGCAAGCUCGUAAUUUUCCGCUCUAUGCGUCAUCCAAUUAUCCGAAAUGUAUAUAAUACUGGUUGAUGUAAUAUAAUAUUGAAU